AUGGGUCGUCUUAUCAAGAACCACUGGGCUCGCCUCAUCGUUAUGAGCGCCGCAGCUUACCAGUUCGGAGCCGCUCUCGAGGGCUUCUUCUGGCCCAAGAUCUUUUGGGACUUCCUGACUAAGACUCUGGACCCGGCCGUCAAGCCCAUACCGGUGUUGCAGAUCAUCAACCUGCUCAUGGCCCUUUUCAUGGUUGCUCUCGAGUGGCCUUUGGGCUUCAUCGCCGGCAGCGCGAUCCACCGCAGUCUCGAGUUCCGCCUCAUCAUCCUCCCUCUCACGUCUCUCGCCGCCGCCCUCAUCUACCAGGGCACCAACGCCGCUCUGUACUAUCUUAUUUCUCUGGUCGUCUACUUCUGGGCCUACAGCGAAGGAGAGAUCAUCUGCGCUAAGCCAUGGACACUUCCCCAAAGAGGACGCGGCGGCAAAGUCUAA